AUGACUUUGCUUUUCUUUUUCUUUGUCACUCCAAAUACGCUUAGCAUGGUUCAGUGGAGCGCAUAUAUCCAGCGCAUCCAAAGCGAGAACCGAACCACAAUCCAUACAACCGAGAGUACCUCAAAGACGCCAGAUAUGGAUCCAACUGCUAGUCCUUGGGAGCCACCCCAGCCACGCGGUGGAGCAACCAAGUUUGCUUGUAGACCUCGUUCGCGACAGCAUGCUCAGAACCGUAACCCUUACUUGGGGGUGCCCAGCCAGGAUCAUCCCUGGGACAACCAGAACGUCCGAGCCUUCCGCCAUGUGCUUCCAUCUCGCGAGCAGAUUCUGGGUGAGUCCUCGGGAAUUUGCCGUAAGACUGCUAGCUUUGCUCACGUUGGUCAAGCGAACGGACGUGUCCUCGAACCAGGCAGCCUGCUCCAGGUCCUGACAAGUAUACACCCCAUCACAGGCGAAUGCUUUGCCUUUCUCGUCCAGCUAUCACAAGCAGAGCAAGCCACAAAGCCGCUUGUCAGAAUACUUUACUGGGGUAGGGGCAUAUCGAUGGAUCUGGCGAUGAUCUGGUUGGAGUACCAGGUCAAUUGGGAUAUGCAUAGAAAGCUGCGUUCCGUCGCCCAAGUCACGCCCGUGUUCUACGAGGAUGUGUGGGGGGGAAUGUGA